AUGGGUGUCACGCUAAGAAACGAACUGAGUGCUCAUUUUACGGUUAACAAGGAACCCGAAACAGAGAAAAUUGUAUUACAAUACUGGAGCCUGCUGCGUGACAUCAUUGUAGCUAAAAAUACUGAGGAAAAUGCCAAAGAAAUUGUUUGCGCUGCCGAAACGCAUCUCGAGCAAGUUUCCCCUCCCGCCGCCACUGCGGCGAUGCCUGAAACGAUUAACCCUUCCCUCGCCUCUAUGCUACAAACUGCUCUCAGAGACCUUUCCGGCAUCUCCCGCCUCUAUCCCUCCCUGGCUUCAGCUCCGCCCCAGCAACCCGACCGGACAGACGCUCUAGCCCCAAGGGAGAAAGCAGCUCUCUGCCAAGAUUCUUCCACUACAAAACCUCCACCUUACGCUCCUUCCUCCACCCCCCUCUCAACAACCCCCACCGCUCCACACUUACCGCCCCCCCCCCCGCCGCCCGCAGGCCCCCGCACCCGCGCGCGGGUGCGGCGUGAGCGCGAGGCGCAAGCGGCCGCGGAAGCCGCGGCUCAAGCUCAAGCAGAAGUGGCGAUGGAUUCGGGCUCUCAACACUCAGAUUCGGACGGAGAGGAAGCCCAACCCAGCAACAACAGACCUCCGGAGGGUGAGAUAAAUUUCCGUUACGAGGCUAUUAAUAAAAGGGACCUCAAUGAACUGCUUCAAGCAGUUAAGAAUUACGGUGCCCAAGCCUCCUAUACUAUAUCUUGUCUUGAAUCACUGGGAAAUGGUGGUGCCCUUUUGCCCUAUGAAUGGAAACGUGUUGUCUCCAAUGCACUCCCGCGUAAGCAGUACUUGCUCUGGGAGACUGACUUUUAUAAAACCUGUCGAGAUCUAUCUCGGGGAGAUAAAACAUGUCGGCUUAUGCUCUCCGGCUCUCCCCCGUAUGACUCUGCACAGCAACAACGCUCAUUGCCCCUUGAUUAUUUAAUAAACACAGGUUUUGCCGCUAUGAAAGCGUGGCGAGCUUUGCCCAAGGAAGGCGAUGCAAACGCCCCGCUUGGCCAAAUCACACAGGGACCAGAUGAACCCUAUAAUGCGUUCAUCAGUCGCCUCCUAGAGGCCGUUGAGAGAAUUGCAGGCUCCUCUCCCUCUGAAAUGACAAAUACUCUAGUCAGACAGCUCGCUUAUGAGAAUGCCAAUGCUUCUUGCAAAGCCCUCUUAAAGGGACGCAUGGCUAACAAAACCAUACAUGAUAUGAUCGACCUUUGUCGUGAUGUUGAUCCCUUUGCCCACCGAGUUGCCCAUGCUAUGGCUGUCAUACAAAACCAAUCCUCAGGCAAAGUCUGUUAUUCGUGUGGACAACCUGGACAUUUUGCCUCUCAAUGCCCUCAGCGCUUAGCCCCUGUCAUGCAGACAGGUACAGCUACACCCCGUCCUCCAUUUUGUCCACGCUGCCGCUGUGGCCGCCAUUGGGUGGCGGAGUGCCAUGCCGUUAAAGACAUAGAUGGCAAUCCCCUGCAGCCUAACCACCGCCUUUCGGGUCAGGGAAAAUCCACCAGGGGCCAGCUCCGGGCCCCGAGCCGUCAAUUUCAACGCUUUGUUCCGGCUUCGGAGCCCAGCCAGCCGGUCCAACCCACCCCAGCUCCCCAGGCAUAUUACCAGCAGCAACAGCAGCCUUGCCAGCAUCAGCCACUAGUCCCCCCCUCAAUGCUCCCACCUCAGCAGCCUCCCUUAUCAGGGCAACCCCGGGGAGCGCAGGACUGGACCUGUACCCCGCCUCCCCACACGUAUUAA